GACCGAGUCCCCCUUCGCCUAAGGUAGUCUGAGUGGAGAAAGUAAUGAAGAUGGAAGGAGCUGAUGUUGAUGAAUUAUUGAGGAGAUUUAUGGAGUAGCGAGGUGAUAGUCGUUCACUCGUCUUUGUCGGAACGAUAGAGGACGGCGACACCAGGGAGUUGACCGAUAGCAUGCCAGUAGAGGUGACUCCACUGCAGAUGAGGGAACAUGUUGGCUAUGGACCAAGGAGUGGUGGAGGAAUGGCUGUCAGAAUUUAAGACCCUUCCUGACAGUGCUGUGUCCAACUAUGCCGGCUCACUAAGAGACAAAGGUGCCCUGGUCCCCGCACUCUACAAAGUCAUACGAGAGAACUACAGCGAUUUGCUGGAGCCAGUGUGUCACCAGUUGUUUGAGUUUUACCGGAGCGGUGAGCCGCAGCUGCAGCGUUUCACACUACAGUUCCUGCCAGAGCUCCUGUGGAGCCUGCUGUCCGUCAGCGCAGCCAGAGACCCCCACACCUCCGGCUGCAUCGAGGCCCUGCUGCUGGGCAUUUACAACCUGGAAAUAGUUGAUAAAGAUGGACAAAGUAAAGUAUUAUCUUUUACAGUCCCUUCCCUCUCCAAACCCUCAGUGUACCACGAGCCUUCUGCCAUCGGCUCCAUUGCCCUUACUGAAGGGGCUCUAGCCAAUCACGGGCUGAGCAGGGUGGUGUACAGCGGGCCACACCUCCAAAGAGAGACCUUUACAGCACAACAUAGAUUUGAGGUGCUGACCUUCCUGCUGCUGUGCUACAAUGCUGCACUCAGCUACAUGACCUCCACCUCCCUCCAGUCCCUCUGCCAAUUCAGCUCCAGGGUGUGUAUAUGCGGUUACCCACGGCAACAGAUGCGGCGCUACAAGGGCAUUAGCACACGGCUGACAGUCACGUCUGAGUUCCUGGUUCAGCUCAUCACAGGGAUACAUUACGCCUUGUGCAAUGGGGAAGUUGAACUGGGAUCCAAAGCACUGGAUGACGUUCUGUAUCGGGCCCAGCUAGAGUUGUUCCCUGAAGCUCUGUUGGUGGGUAAUGCCAUCAAGUCGUCACUGCACGGCGCAGCGCUGAAGAGCAACAACAAGGAGGGUGCGCGGAGUAUCCAGGUGGAGAUCACACCCACCUCCUCCAGGAUCUCCCGAAAUGCUGUCACCUCCCUCUCUAUCAGGGGACACCGCUGGAAGAGACACGACGCAGUGGAUCUGGGUUCCCCGGAUGAGCUGAUGGAUAUUUCGGAGGUGGAUGAAGGGGUGUGGCCAGGCGGCGUGGGGCCUGACAUGACUCCACCCACCAUCACUAUCAGCAACAGCGUCACCACGUUGAACCUGGGGGCCAAAGCCAUGAAGAAGUGUCGGCUCGGUGGGCGCACCAGCAAGGACAAGGACAAGGACAAGGAGGCGGGCCCUCUAACAACGGGCCGGGCCAACAGCGAGAACAUAGAGCUGUCUAUCAAGCGACUGACGCUCACUUCCAGCCAAUCAGUGCCCAAGGCAGGAGCUCUCACUAGCUUGACGCGCACCGCCAGCGCCGUCUUCUCCCGCUCCUUUGAGCAGGUUGCCAGCGGCAACGCCCCCCCCUCCAGCAACCACACCGCCUCUGAAGCUGCCCGUUAUUCAUGCAGCCUGCAGGAGGAAGGGCUGGGGUACUUGAGUCCAGCGCCAAACCACACGCAGCGCUCUCCCAGCAUCAGCGUGCACCUUGGCUCUGACCUUUGAACCCUUUUGUGACUCCUGACUACCUGAACCCUCGCCUCUGAUCCCUGUGACCCUGUACCUGUGACCUGGAACUCCAAGCCAUGCCAACUGCAACGGACCAGAAAUGCACGAACAAACACUCCCGCUGGUUCCCUCGUCACUCCGUUUUAACGUCUUUGAUUCUCUGUGCUGUAAACCAGACAUCCAGACUUCCGUCAGCUCCCUCUGUUCCUUCCCCCCAAACAGAGUCUUCUGUGGGCCUGAUGGAGGAGGGAUGUCAGGGAUACCACCUCCAGCUUCAACGAUUUUUACUAGUGCACUGUUGCCGUGAAGUCGUGCCAGGACAAAACUGUACUCUGUCGGAGAGCAGCCUGUCGUAAAUGGGUGCGCUUAAAACUCAUUACUAAAAAAAAAAACUGUGGAAAAGUAUUUGGAAAGUAUUUUAAUUGGCAUUUGUUGCCCUGCAUGGCUUUCCCAUACAUCCAUCCUGACCUUGCCCAGGUUUGUCAGAGGGCAGAUGUUGAGUAUGUAUGAGCAUGCUUGAGUGUAUGUACUGAAUGUGUGUAUGUGCAAUUGUUUUUAGAAUAAAGGCUGCUGAUUGAUACAAUGAACAAGGUAUGAUUCUCCGAGUUGAAACAAGUGUUUCUACUACUUUAAAAAA